AUGUCAAAAGAAUUUAAUUUUGAAGAAAACCCACAUAGACGUUUUAAUCCAUUAACAAAUUCAUGGGUAUUAUGUUCACCUCAACGUGCUAAACGCCCCUGGUUAGGUCAGGUGGAAUCUAGUACUCUAGAAAUUUUACCAAGCUAUGAUCCAAAGUGUUAUUUAUGUCCAGGAAAUUCACGUGCUCAAGGUGAUCAUAAUCCUAAUUACUCAAACACAUUUUUAUUUGAUAACGAUUUUUCAGCUGUUGAAUCAAUCUCACCUGAUUAUGAAACAGAAGUUUCUGAUAAAUUUUCAUGGUUGUUAAGAACACAAAGUGUAAAAGGUCAAUGUAAAGUGAUGUGUUUUUCACCAAACCAUAAUGUAACAUUAGCAGAAAUGUCACAAGAAGAAAUUUCAAAGGUUGUUGAAACCUGGAUAGAAAUAUAUCAAGGAUUAUCAUCAAUUCCACAUAUAAAUUAUAUUCAAAUUUUUGAAAAUAAAGGUGCAAUAAUGGGAUGUUCCAAUCCACAUCCACAUUGUCAAAUAUGGAGCACUGAUUCAAUACCAUGUGAACCAACAAAAGAAUUUGAAUCAAUGAACUAUGAUCCAAAGUGUUAUUUAUGUCCAGGAAAUUCACGUGCUCAAGGUGAUCAUAAUCCUAAUUACUCAAACACAUUUUUAUUUGAUAACGAUUUUUCAGCUGUUGAAUCAAUCUCACCUGAUUAUGAAACAGAAGUUUCUGAUAAAUUUUCAUGGUUGUUAAGAACACAAAGUGUAAAAGGUCAAUGUAAAGUGAUGUGUUUUUCACCAAACCAUAAUGUAACAUUAGCAGAAAUGUCACAAGAAGAAAUUUCAAAGGUUGUUGAAACCUGGAUAGAAAUAUAUCAAGGAUUAUCAUCAAUUCCACAUAUAAAUUAUAUUCAAAUUUUUGAAAAUAAAGGUGCAAUGAUGGGAUGUUCCAAUCCACAUCCACAUUGUCAAAUAUGGAGCACUGAUUCAAUACCAUGUGAACCAACAAAAGAACUUGAGUCAAUGACAAAUUAUUUUAAAAAAUAUCAAACAUGCUUAUUGUGUGAUUAUAUUUUAGUAGAAGAAACCAAAGGGAAAAUGCGUGUAGUUUAUGAAAACAAUUCAUUUAUUUGUUUGACACCUUAUUGGAGUAUUUGGCCAUUUGAAACUAUGAUAAUCUCAAAAUUUCAUUUAAAGAAUUUCAAUGAUUUUUCAAAAUGUGAUGGAAAUUCAUUAAUAAAAGAUUUUUCAAAUAUUCUACAUAUUAUUACUUGUAAAUAUGACAACUUAUUUCAGUGUAGUUUUCCUUAUUCAAUGGGUAUACAUCAAUCACAAACUGACAACGAUGGUAAAAAUAAUAUUUGUGAUUCACAUUUUCAUGUGCAUUUUUAUCCUCCAUUAUUAAGAAGUGCUACCAUCAAAAAAUUCUUGGUUGGAUAUGAAUUACUUGCUGAACCUCAACGUGAUAUCACCCCAGAACAAGCUGCUGAAAGAUUAAGAAAUUGUUCCGAGAUUCAUUAUAAAGUUCAAAAAAAAAAAUAA